AUGCAUUACAGUCACCUCUGGUAUCUUAACAGCCCAGCUAUACUUCUACUCGUAACUCUUCAAGAACUGGAUUCAUCAGCUAAGAAAAAGAUAGGCAGCUUCUUAUUCAGCAGCCUCCAAUUUUUACUGCUAUUGCAGUCAUGACUAAUCAACAACGGUACUUUGGAAAGUGACACUUUCACAGCUCUGGCAAGAGCCCCCAUUCACCUCCCUGCUCUUGAAAUAUUCGAUCUUUCUUGGAAUAAAUACGUUGCUGGUAACUCGAAGCUGCUUCUGGAAACAGUAAAGCCUUCAGCAGCUCUUCAAGUGCUGAGGCUGAGCAGCUGUUCCCUGACAGAGGCCGCGGCUGUCUGGGCAUCAGUCACAGGGACAGGUCAUCCAGCCAAACUGGAUCUGAACUAUAACAACAGCCUCAGUGAUGCAGGAUGGGCUGUCUUCUGCCCAAACCCUGGUUCUUCAGAGUUAACUGAACUCAAUAUCAGCCUUCAGCCAUUAAAUUUUGGGGACGACGGGCAAUGGUAAACCAAACUUUCUGAGAUCACCAAGACAGGAAUGAAAAUAUGGGCUCUCCUUUCUUCACAGGAGAAGGAACUGGAAGGCUUUGACCCUAGAAGGCUUUGCCUGAGAGAUAAAGAAGCAUUCGUCUGAUCCAUGAUGACUUCAGUGAGCUGACUUCCCCGGUCUUACUAAACUAGAAACAAUUCUCUGAAGGUGGAAAAAAACAUGGAUAAAUUUCAAUGUCAUUAACUGAGUAUCAACUUGUGACAAUUUAAUUGGCCUUAUGUUACAAGAGCUGUGUAAAUGUAUAUAAAUAAUGAUAAUUUAAUAAUGAUAAUGAGAAUAUUUUUAUUCUCUAUUUUAUGAAAUAAGAAAAAUGUUUUCAACAGAUUUUUAUUUGUUUUGGAUGUAUACUUAUCUCAGUUACUAUUUAGAAAGCCUACCAAAAAUGUUCAGAUUUUGGUAAUGCAUCUGUUUUCUUCUUGUCCUGGAAUUUUCUAACUCUUGUUUUCCCAUGUGUUACACAUUCUAAAUAUAAGAAUGCAUAUGUAUAUGUGCAUAUGUGUGUGAUUCUAACAGGAAAGAUACUAGCUGCGUAUGUUUUAUGCUGUAUUUGCUAAUAAUAACAUAAAAUUUGUUUUAUUGCUUUGUAUUUAUUUUUUGAUGGUGCUAAGGAACAAAUCCAGGGCCUCACAUUUCCUAUGCAAGUUCUCUACCAUGAAGCUAAAUCUUCAAACCCUGUUCUACUGCAUUUUAACCUUAGAUAUAAACUAUGAAUACUACUAAUGGCCACUGAUCUAUAAAAAUUACUAAAAAGCAGCCAAAAAUUCAAAUCACAUUAUCAAAGCCACAUCUGGUGAAAAUAGUCUUUUAUUGUUAGAACAAACAAAUGACUAACAUAUUACUUCUGGAUAUUUCUUAUUACUAGUUCAUUAAUGAAAGCUUUUGUGGUUUGGGUUUUCUUUUACUCUAACAAAAAAGUCCUUGCAUGGCAGAGAUGUGUGCCUACACAUUUCUAUCCUGAUACCAUCAAGGCAAAUUGUGUUUUGCUUUUCUCUCCCUACAUGAAUAAUUUGGGAUUCCAAUCAUUGCUUAAAAGACAUGUAAUUUAAAAUCAGUAAUACUCCAACAGAAAAAGUCAUCAGGAGGAUGUGGUUUUGAAGGCUGUGGAAAUGGUUGUUUUAGGUAAUGUGGUUGGUAUUCUUUUCUCUGGGAAUUCCCAUGAAUUCCAUAAACUUCUGUGUUUAUGCAAAGACCUAGGCAUGGAUGUUCAUAGCAGUUUUAUCUGCCGUAGCCUAGAACUGGAAACAGCCCCAUAUCCUUCAGUGAGUGAAUGCUGAAACAAACUGUGGGACUAUACAAUAUACUCAGAAGCAAAGAGGUAUGCAACAACUUGGAAUAAACUACAAGUAAAUUAUGCUAAGUAGAAAGAAGCCGAUCCCAAUUACACAUUUUGUGAUUCCAUUUAUAUGAUGCUCUUGCAUUGUAGAGAUGAAAAACGGGUUAGGCAUCGGGUGUGGGUGGUGGACGGUAUGAGCACAAAGGAAUGGAAUAAGUUGCAUUGAAAUACACACGUGUAUACACACGCAAAUGAGUGCUUGUGUAAGUGAUCAAAUCUGAAUACUUUGUUGAUUGCAUCACUCUCAGUAGUCUGGUUUUAUUAUUAUACUAUGUUUUAAGAUAUCACCACUGAUGGAAGGUGUAGGGUCAUUGGGGUAAGAUGUAUUAGUUCUUAGGAACUUUCUGUGAAUCUAUAAUUUUUUCAAAAUAAAAAAUUUUAAAGUAGGCAGAAUAGCAUAAUUACCCGACAUUAUCACCUUCCUCUACAAUUGUCAAUUUAUGGACAAUCAUGUUCCUUUGUACCUCUAUUCUUUACUACUCCCCUGUAUUAUUUUGAAGAAUUCCCAAAUGUCAUAUAAUUCUAUUCAUAAAUAUUUCAAUAAAGUAAGAAUCUUUUAUUACUAAAAAUAACGUAACUAAAAAUUCUAUUUCACCCAGCUAUUCCCCUUCUAGGUACAGCAUCUUCCCAGGAGAGAACAUCAUUACUACAUUGAUGUAUACAUACCUAUGUUUAUAGCAGCACAAUUCAUAACAGCUAAAUCUUGGAAGGAGUCUAUAUGUCCAUCAACAGAUGAACGGAUAAGGAAAAUGUGGACUUACACACUAGGUAGAACUACUCUGCCAUAAAGAAGGAUAAAUGAUGCACC